UUCGCAUGUCGUGUGCAGAACAACGACAGCAGUGACAGAGAACGACGAAGACGCAAGAACCACAGAAGCAGAAAAGGUUUGAGCUUUUCAAAGUUUCUGUUUAGGGUUUAGAAGACGUACUGUACGUACAUUGUUCUAAAACCAAGCAAAAAUUCAGAACCCGAAGCUUCAAAAUCGAAGCUUUUCGGCAAUGGGAGCUGUUAAAUUGGAACUUCGUUGUCCCCAAAUCAGUGAUGGAAUUGCAGCUGAUCCCGACCCAGAUUGGAGCUCUGAUGCUCUUUUGUCGGAGCUCGAUGCCUUGGAAUCCAAGCUUAGUGCGUCUUCCAAAGUUCCAGUGCCGUUUACUAAAUCCCAAUCACGGGGUUUUGUUAAUGGGAAGGGCUCGAAGAGAAGUUCUAGGCCUUUUGUUAUGCGUAUUUUCGAGGAUGAGGUGGGCGAGAUUGAGAGCGAAGAUGAGGAGAUUCAUGAUCAAUAUUCUGCUGGGGUUAAGCGGUUUACUUGUGAUGAACUUUACCUCAGUGAUGAGGAUGAGUCUGAGGAUGAGUCUGCUCUUGAAGUUCAACCUUACUUGAUGGAGGAAUUGGGAAUAGUGGAAGGAGCUCUGUUUGAGCUAACAUUAGAACAUCACCUGGGAGUCAAGGAGGAAAUUAGGAAUAAAAUUUCUGCACUGGAAACAGAUAUGAUGAGUGGAAAUAAAAAGUCUGCUUCUGCACUUCUUUGGGUUGAGAAGUAUAGAGAAGCAAGGCGGGAAACGGAUAGAAAACUCGAUACUCAGUAUCAGCGGAAAAUAGCAGAAGCACUUGAUAAUCACUUGACUGCUAUCCAACGGGAUCAUGAACUCAAAUCCCAGAUAGAAGAAAGGAAAAUAAGAAGCGACGCAGCUAUUAUUGAAGGGGCAAAAAGAAAAGAAAAGGCUCUUCAAGAAGAAAAACUUCGUCAAGAAAAAGCAAAGGCUGAAGCUGAGGCAAAACUCAGAGCUGAAGAAGCGAAAAGAGCUGCUUUGGAAGCUCAGAUGAGAGCAGAAAAGGAAGCUGCAGAAAGGGAAGCAAUUGAAGCCUCAAAGAGGGAUGCAGCUAAAGUGGUUCAGAAGGAAGCUUCAGGUAACCAGACGAACGCCAGUUUGGGAUCUCUAAAUGCUGAGACAACAGAGUCUGAAUUUGACAAAAAGAAAUCAGCAUCAGCAGGUAACAUAACAAAAGCUGCAGAAGCUGCUCUAAAGUUGGAGCAAGACAGAUUGAAGAAGUUGACAGAAUUAGAUGAAGGAAACAAGGCAUUAGGAUUGAAUUUGAAUAAGGAAUAUAUCCGUCAUGAAAGGAACAUUUCUAAGUUAAUACGACAGAUUACUGGGACUAGGGAUGUUGUCAGACAAAAAGCAGCAGAACUUGUCAAGAUUCUUAAGAAUCCCCUUUUUCCUCAAUCUGCCAGCACUGCAGCCUUUGCUAGAAAGGUUGUCUCCUAUUGUGAAAACCCUGGUAGUGCUUCUUUUGCAUGCAGUUACGUCAUUGUUCUUGUCACUUCGGAGGUUCCACAUGUGAUGGAUAUUAUUUUUGCUGAGCUAAAUAGAGCUUGUAUUUAUACGGUUCCAAAGCACAUAGUAUACUCACAGUCAGCCUUUGAAUCAAAAGAGGCAUAUUACAAAACCAUUGGAUUUCGAGAAGAUCAGGGAAAGAUUGAGAAUGUUGAGGAAUAUUUGGAACGGUUAGAAUCUUACAUGAAAUUAUACGGAGCUCUGGUUCAGACGGAAAUUGCCGGUAUUCAGAACAUGCAUGGCUUGAAAGAAGGUUGGGCUUGGAUUGCAAGAUUCUUAAAUGCACUCCCCGCUAAUAGAUUUACUGCAGUUGCACUUAAUGCAUUCCUCCGUAUGGCAGGAUAUGCUCUCUUCAAAAAGUACAAAUCCCAGUUUAGGAAGAUUCUGAACAUCGUCUCAGAAAACUUUCUGAAUGCUCUAAAAGCUCGUAAAGAUUCAACACUGAACUCGGUCAUCGCUAAGAUUCAGUCAUACAUAGAAGACAAUAAGUUCCUUCAAGAGCCAGAAGGAAGAAGCCUGGAGACCUCAUUGCUAUCCAGUAUUAUGGUCCCCGAGUCUGAUUACCAAGAUUCAUACCAUCGCGGGGGAUAUCAUUACUGAUUAUUUACCUAGAUGACAUAGCCAUGCGUAUUUGAGUUAUAUGUUUGUUGUCAUAGGUCGAAAAUGCCUGCAUUGUCCUUGUAAAUCAUUAUUUUUCUUAGGUUAAGAAAAACAAAAAAUGAAAUUAUUGUUGUCAUUUAUUGGCCUGUUGUCUAGCUGUAUGAAUGUACUUCUAGAGUUUGUAGGCAGUCCAGAUUUUAUCUGGGGCGUAAUCAGGAAUUAGAAAUACCAAAAAAAAAAAAAAAAAUGAUUCUCUUCUAGGAGUUAUACAGCUAUCAUUUGUAAUUUUUGCAGUGUGUGUGGCUGCUGCUAUUUAAUAUUUCAAGGGAAAUUAUUCUCUUCACAUAAUCAUUCGGUAC